AUGAAGUACCUCCUUCUCCUUUUAUUCACAUUAACCACAUUUGCCAAUGCCACAUUUCCUGUCCUCGCUCGUCGUCAGGAUUCAUGCAACGGUAACACCAAAGUCUGCGGCGUUGACUGCAUCUUGAAAUCCUAUACCUGCUGCCCUUCUCCCUUUUAUGGCGGUUGUGCGCCUGGAACCGUUUGCGGCACCGACCACAAUGGCACCCCUGGCUGUUGCCCCAUUGGCAAAGUCUGCCUCGGCGAGGUCCCCACUGGUACCGACAACCAGCCUGCUAUCGUCACCGACAAAGUCUCAGACAAUUCCGCUGAUUCUGGUACAGCCAACAAUAAUGCUGGCGCCUCUGACCGAAUUGACGGCACUGCCUACUAUUUUAUGGUUGGCGCGCUAGCCCUCCUGUUCUAA